AUGACCGACCUUCCAACAGAUGCAUCGGUAAACACGACAUCUUCCCAUGUUUUUCAUCGUUCUCUUGUCAAUGAACCUUUGCUCGCUGUACGAGCAGAAGGGAAUUACAUUUAUCUUAAAGAUGGACGCAAACUACUCGAUGGUAGUGGUGGUGCUGCUGUAACAAACAUUGGUCAUGGCGAUAAACGUGUCAUUGCUGGAAUUCUUGAUCAGUUGCAAACUGUUGAUUAUGUUCAUUCAGGAACAUUUUCAAAUAAGGCAGCCGAGGAACUCGCAACUGAACUGACCAAAGACAGUGGAAUGGCAAGAGCAAUAUUUGUCUCAGGUGGUUCUGAAGCGGUAGAAUCAGCGAUCAAACUUGCUAGACAAUAUCAUUUGGAAAAAAAACAACCGGAAAGAACUAAUUUUAUUGCUCGUCAACAAAGUUAUCAUGGAAAUACACUGGGUGCACUUGGUCUCUGUCGACAUACAGCACGUCGUGCUCCUUUUUUACCAUAUUUUUCAUCUCAUUUUCAUCAUGUUUCACCUUGCUUUGCUUAUCAUUACAAGUUAGACAAUGAAUCAGAUGAAGACUAUGUGAAUCGUCUCGCUGAUGAACUGGAAGCUAAAUUCCAAGAACUCGGUCCUCACACAGUUGCUGCGUUUUUUGCUGAGACAAUCGUCGGUGCUACAAGUGGUUGUACUCCAGCAGUGCCUGGUUAUUUCAAGGCAAUGCGUAAUGUAUGUGAUCGACAUGGUGCUCUGUUUGUUCUCGAUGAGAUUAUGUGUGGAAUAGGACGAACGGGUAAAAUGCAUGCGUGGCAAUGGGAAGAUCUUUCAUCUCCACCAGAUAUUCAAGUUUUAGGAAAAGGACUUGGCGGUGGUUAUGCUUCUCUAGCAACUAUUCUCAUUUCAACCAAAGUUAUCAAUGCUUUUCUUGCUGGAUCAGGUUCAUUCAAUAAUGGAUAUACUUAUCAAUCACAUGCUGUUGGAUGUAGAGCUGCUUUAGAAGUUCUCAAAAUAAUUAAACAAGAUCAAUUAAUUGAACAAUGUUAUCAACGUGGAAUCUUCUUACAAAAGAUUCUCAACGAACAAUUGAGCAAUCAUUUGCAUGUUGGAGAUAUUCGAGGUCGUGGUCUAUUCUGGUCAGUGGAAUUUGUCAAGAACAAAGAGACGAAAGAGAUGUAUCCAUCAACUUGUUUAUUCAUUGAUUCUAUUAUAAAAGAAUGCAUAGAACGUGGAGUUGUCAUUUAUCCUGGCUCGAAAGGUACGGCUGAUGGUAUCUGUGGAGAUCAUGUGAUCAUUGCUCCACCGUAUACAAUUACCGAAGACGAACUUGCUUUUAUUGUCGACACUCUCAAAGUAGCGAUUAUUGUUGUUUUUAAAUCUAUUCAAGAACUUGCUUAA